AUGCACUGUUACUUACCUUCAUUUUGUUUCUUUCCUUUGGCUAUUCUUGUAGUAAUCACAGGAAUAAUAUAUGCUUUAUUAUUUGGUAGAAUGACUGGAUUUUAUUCUGUUGCUGUUGGGAUGUUAUUUGUCAUAUCAGGUUUUUUCGGAUUAUUUGCUUCUGGAUGGAGAUCUUACAUUUCUUCAAUAUUCUUUGCUGUUUCUCUUGCUCUUUCAUGUACAAUUGCAGUUGCCGUCAAUGGAGGUGGACUUGUUCUUCCUCAAUACUUUUUUUUGUUGGACUCAGACCAAGAUGCUUUAAAAAUUGGUGGAUUAACACUAAGCCCAAACAAUUAUUGGUUUGGUGUUGGUUUAUUCUAUUUAACACUGGUAUAUAUUCCAUUAUUAAGUUUUGCUGUUUGUAAUGCUUGUACCAUUGGCAAAGUAAUUGAACGAACUAAAAAAAGAAAACGUCGUGAAGAAGAAAAGAAGAAACGCAAAGACGGUUUCUUUAUGUACAGGGGAAACACUCUGAAAAACAGAAUUCGCCCAGAAGACUUUGGUAGAAUUAGGGAGGAAUUAAAUAAGGCUGUUCAUACAUCAUUACCACCCUCUUCUCCAGUCAAAGAAGUCAAAAUCGUUGUUGAGUCAUAA